AUGGCCGGCGUUGUGGGGCACCGAUGUACCGCCUUGACUUGCUUCAUCCUUGGAGCUUCUCUGGUGCUGUUUAUCCCACAAGUCUGGAAGCAACAGGCCAUAAAGCAUUCCAUCAGCUUCUUGGAGCAGCUCGAAAUCCAAGUCGCUCCGGUGACGUCUGCGCCUGCACCGCUGCAGGCCCAAGCUGCCCAAGUCACUCAGGCAUUGGCGCCCAUUGCAUCUGCACCUGUUCCAGACACACCCGCCGCAGUCACACCGGCGACAAAUCCGCCGGAUAGGCCUGUAGCUUCAGCUGGCCUUUUCGCGGGUGUGAUUCCUCUGGUCUAUGUGUGGUUCUGUGGGGAAGUUAUGCUUGUCGAGCAGGGCAAGGUGGCCUGGAACAUCACGAAGCCGUGCGUUAUCCAGCCCUACUUCACGCUGGCAGUGUCCGCAAGCCUUUUACACGUCCCUGUGGUGGUCCUCCUCACGGACCCCGUGGCCGGAAGUGCCUUGAAGGAGAAGUUGCCUGCAGAUCUCGCUGCGAAGCUGCACGUGCACAGCUUCCUCGACUAUGUGGACGACAAGUUCUGGACCAUCAGGAAGCUGUACGAGGACAACAUAAAGGUCGCCCACGGCUUCAAGGAGCCCUUCGAGAAGUGGAAUGUGCUGAACUUCUUCGUAUUCCGCAGGUGGCUUGAGAAAGAGCAGGUGCCAGCCGCUGGCUUCGCCGAGGGGGAUGUUGUCGUCAUGGUCCCGCCCUUUCUGCCAAGAGGAUGUCAAGGGGAAAUCUCCUGGCGCGAUCGUUGGGAUAAGAAUCGACCUUGGGGCCCCUUCACCUACUGCGCGCUGGCCUCCAUGGGUAACGUGCUGAGCCUUGACAUCAUGAACGACUGGACUGACUUCAACAUUGAACUCUACAAAGAUCACUUCUGGAUUCAACGGGCGAUCUCGCGCUUCAGUUUCGUCCAUGCCAUCAACCAAAUGCAUACGUGGUAUUUCUACGCCAUGGGCAGCCUGGACUUUGAGGGCAUGCCAUGGUCCGACGGGGAGCCCUGGUACCUCCAGUACAUCCGGAGGCCCAGCAACUGGACCAGGGAGAAGCACUGGAUGGUCAAGUAUGAUGGCAAAGAGCUGCCCUAUCCCAACGCAACACUGCCAACCACAAAGCGCUAUCGUCUUUGCAACGGCUACUUCCCGAGGGAUGGCUAUGUCAUCGACAGCGCGCACGGAUACUCCCCCACUGCGACGGUCUCCAGCAUGUUGGAAGGUACGGUCACGACAACUCUCAAUGGCAGCCGGAUGACUGCCAAAAUUGGGAACGUGACCUAUAAAAACUACCAUUUCCAAGGCCAGGCCAAGAACGUCAUCAACAAUAUCUUCAAGGCAUCGUUCCAAGCCCACGGUGGUUUCAAGCGGUGA